AUGGUCGACACUCGCUAUUUUGCAAUGAGUAACCGCUUUUCAUUCGUUGAAACCCAUUGUUCAGCCUGUGCCUGUUUCAUCAAUCGUCUUGGUCAAACGAGAACCACGAUAGCCGUGGAUGGUGCCUUCUUCCGCUUCAGUUCAACAUUCCCAGUUAUCCUGGUUGAGACGAUAACUCGGCUGAUUCCCUACUCAUACACCUUCAAGCUGAAGCUUAUUGACGACGGAAUAGGGAAAGGAGCCGCGGCGAUAAUCGCAGCACAUAAACUGCUGACUCCGGUUCAGCCGCGCUUUACCAUCUUCAUGUGAAUACGCUGACGAUGGUGCAGUCGACACCCGGAAUCCACUAAGCGAAG